CCCCCCUCUUCCCUACACUCUUUCUUUCCCCUCUUCCUUCCCCUUCUUCCUUCCUCCUCAUUCAAUCCAAACUCAUUCCAUCGCAACGUCUCCCUUUUCUUUCCUUCACUUCACUCUAUAUCGUACAUUCCCCCCACUCUCCCUCUCUCUCACUGACACUCGCCGGCACCUCUUCUCCUGACGCUCUUCAUAUAAGGCCCCUCAUAUAACACUCGCCCAUUUUCAAUUGAACGACCCCACAACACCAGUCCCCAGACAAUGGACCAAGGCCCCAUAGCCGUCUCGACUGCUGCACCAAUUGCCUCCACAACUUUCAACACGGAGGCGUCCCUGACCGCCCUGGCAGCGUCAGGCACAGAGACUGAAGAGGCAAAUUCGGACCCAGGAUAUCACUCCUCUGAAACAACACCUAUCACCGCAGCACUUCUUGCCCACAAGGCAAAGUUUACUGCCACCACCACCACCACUACUGCCACUACCACAAGCACAACCGCCUCGACCAUGGCAGACAUCGAUGCUCCUGCCCCACUCGUCUCUCCCAUCAGCUCCGUCUCCAACAGCACCGCUGGCAGCUCUCCCCAGCCCAACCACAUCCCUUCCUCGGAGGAGGCAGACAUGAUGGCCUCGUUGGACGAGGUCCUGAAGCGCAAGGUUGCAAACGAGGUCUCCUCUGACUACUACAGCAGCAGUGCUGCAGGUGGCAGCGACAAUGGCCAGGAUGAGGAUUCCGAUGUCGCACUGCACUCAGGAACGCAUCAUCACCACCAUCCUCACCAAGGGGAGCAAAUCUCUGUGUUAUCUUCGAUAUCGGAUACACAAAUCCCCCAACAUCCCCAUCCUCAACCACAUGCACAUGAUGAUGGUCACUUUGGAUCGGCUUCCCAGGACGGCGAACACGAACACGAGCACGAACAACAAGAAGAAGAAGGCCCUUCCCCGGAUCAGAUGGGUCUUGAUAACCUGGGCACUAUGGACCUCCGUAUGCUGCUACAGCAUGCCUACGAAGUCAUCCAAGAAAAGGAUCGGGACCUCGGAAUGGCAGCAGUGAUGGGCCAAGAUCUUAUCGACUCCAACACCAACUUGCAAGCCAAGUACCAACACAUCCUGACUCAGCUUCGACACCAACGAAUGCAUCGUCCUCGACAGCUUACGCCCCCGCGCAAAAUCAUCCUCUCGCCCGCACCCGAGAUGUCUGGCUCGAUUGCGAUCAUCGACCCGGACGAUAACGAUGGGAACAACAGUGGGGACGAGAACUGGGUCGACGACUUUGAGCCCUCCCGAUCGUCCUCGUCAUCGCUGCACCCCAUCUCACCCCCGACUUCCUCGAACUCGCAUCACCAUGCGACCUCGUUCCGUCGUAGCCCCACCAGUCACAAUUCGAAUAUGAUGCGGUCAAGGUCACGCCAGGAUAUCGAGAAGCUGGCCUCGCUCGAGGAGUUGAAUGCGCAGCUGCAGGGCAAGGUCGAUGCUGUCACCAAAGAGCUGAAGCAUGGACGACGGCAAGCGUUCAAGCGCCUUCGCAGGGCCGAGAAGGAGCUGAAGAUGUGCAAGGACGAGCUCGACCGGACGACCUUCAAGGUUGUUGACCUGGAGGAACAGAACGGACGGCUCAUCGAGGCCAGUCGUAUGAUCCGGAUGCGCCGUAUCAUGCUCAAGAAUCAGCUGCCUGCACCAGGAUCGAUCCCUGGGUCGACCAUGGCCAACAUGGCGCUCGAGAUGAUAGGAGACGAUGUCAUGGACGAGAUCACGAUCCAGGAAAUGUUGGCGGAGGAUAACAGGAUCUUUGAGGAGCUGCGUGAUCGACUACAGUCGCUCGAGCGCAAGAACACGGCACUGAUGCAGCAGAAAGCCGAGGCGGACAGGAGGACUCAGCAACUGGCACAGGACCUUUCGGACAUGCAACAGGAGCAGGAGGAACUGAUGGCCAACCUCUGUGGGCUUUCGGAUCUGCAGUCGGCGUAUGAUGAGCAGUCCGCACAUGUCAGGGAGCUGGAGAACUCGAUUGAAGAACUGCAGAACACGAUCAGCACCAUGUCCUCGAGAUUCUCUCAGAUGAAUUCGCCCCUUCUUUCACCCGCAGACCCCUCGUCACCGGUGCAGAGUGUGUGGAGGAGAGAGGACGCGGACUUUAAGGCGCUCAAGACGAUCCUGCACGGAGCGAGCCCUCAACCGAUGGCGUUAAAGUCCCCGGGAUUGAAGGGCCAGCGUCGCCCACGCAGGACACUGCUGGCAGAGCUGGAGAGCGAGUGGUUCAGAGACGUGUCGUUCUUUGGACCGCCCCGUGUGCCUGAACAGCAGCAGCAGCAGCAGCAGCAACCUAUUCAUCUGGGUGGUCCCAAGUCACCGAAAGCGCUCAAGAACCAUCGCCAUGACUCUGAGUCGGAUGCGUUCUCGGAUGAUGCUGGAGGACGGGUCAAUGGUUGGCGCGAACGGAUCCAGGACAUGGGCGAGGAGUCUAUGUGUGAGUCAUCGAGCUGUAUCCGCAAGAGACGAAACCGAUUCAAAUACGCAGGAAGCGACACGGACGGCGGUCUUGGAGAGCCUUUGGGAGACAGCACCGCCGAGCAUGGCGAUGAUAGUGAUGUGGAGCGAUACCAGCUGCGUCCGCGCAAGCGACUUGGCCAUCAUCACCAGCUCACUAUCGCUGGCGGCAUUGUCAGCUCUGGAUGCGAGGACGAGAGCGCGGACGAGGACAUGUCCGAUUGCUCCGAUCCUCAUCAUCUGCACUACCGCCGACCGUCGACGCCUGGAUGCUGUUGCCACAUGUAUGAUGAUUACAGUGGGUACUCGAGUUAUCUUGAGGACGAGGAGGAAUCUGUGGUGGGCUGGGCGCAUUUCGAGGACCAUGAUGCGUCGUCGUUUGGUUAUGACAAGAAGCGUGAUGGAUACUAUGUGGGCCGGCGGUCACGUCGUGGUUUCCUUGGUAUCUUUGGCAUGGUCCAGAGUGUGUUCUUGGUGUUCAGACUGUUGUGGCGUUGGUGCCGAUUCCUGUGCAUUCUUUCGACCGCGUUGGGUAUUGCCAUUUACCGUGGACCGGAUGCACUGUUGACGGAUCAUUAAAAAAAGCAAACGGGC